AUGGCCAUACCACACCGCACAUCAUCUGUCGUGGAUGGCAUCGCGCUCAAUCGAGUACCACAAUUGCCACCCAUAACAGAGCUUCCACCAGCAUGGCUCAGUGAAAAAUAUGAAAAGCUAGAUGAAUUUUGCCAGCCGCACGUUACGUUAAGCGAUACGGAAAAGCAAGUGAUCUUGGAAGUUGGAGUGCAACAUUAUCUCGCAGUGUCUAAAAAAAAUACUGGUGGCAUGCCUACAGUUCAUAUAUCAUCAGAUAUGCUUCGGCGAUUAGGACACGAUGUCACUCGGAUGAGAGUGUUGCAACAACUGAUGUUUGAGGAUUUGACAUUUUUAACGUUGGGAGAAACUGAUAUUGCCAGAGCCGUGAAUAUUUUUGACGACAACAGAUUGAUUUGCGAAUUCAUGAAAAAACAUCAAUUGUAUGAGGCGGUAUAUCCAUUUCGCAAAUUUCAUCACGCUCACCGUGAUCGCGUUGCUAAGCAAAUCUCUCUGGUGAUGGCAUUCCAUACAAUGAUGGGUGUGUUUGUUGUAAAAGAUUUACUAGAUCAGAGCCAUCCUGAUGCUGGUUCCUUAGCUGAAAAGAUAAUCUCGGGGCCUAAGGGAUUAAUACAAUUAGCCUUGAAAGGUAUACUGUAA